ACUAUUUGGAAAAGUGAGAUUUGUAAAAUCUCUCUUUGUUGUCCCUUUUCCUUUUCAUCUUACUAUAAGUAUGAUAGCUUCUACUUCUCUCUUUUAAGCCCAAUAAAUCCUCUCCUACUACACCAUGCUUCACUUUAACCUUCUUCACCCUUUAACUACCAACCUAUCAUCCAUGAAAAAAUUGAGAUAUCCAUGUUUCAACCUUGUUAGAGAAUACAACAUUUUGUUCAUAAAAUGCUUCAUGAUUUUACUCAUAAGCUGUAUUACUAUAAGACUUAAUUUCUCUCUUUCAAGUAUCCAUUUUUCUUUAAAAUCACUUCCUAUAGAAGGAAACUUUAGCUUUGAUGAACUUGACCUUAAAAAUGCAGCUAGAGAUUUCGGUAACCGGUACCAAUCUCAUCCUAUGACAGUGCUUCAUCCAAAAUCAGUUUCUGAUAUUGCAGUUACCGUAAAGCAUGUAUGGAGUUUAGGUCCUAGCUCGGAGUUAACGGUUGCGGCUAGAGGACAUGGUCAUUCGCUUCAAGGUCAAGCUCAAGCUCAUGGAGGAAUUGUGAUUAAUAUGGAAUCGCUUAAAGUUGAAGGGAUUAAGGUGUAUGAUGGAGAGUUUCCUUAUGUGGAUGUUUCAGGAGGUGAUUUGUGGAUAAAUGUUUUGAAUGAGACAUUGAAGUAUGGUUUGGCACCAAGAUCUUGGACAGAUUAUUUGCAUUUGACAGUUGGUGGUACUUUGUCGAAUGCUGGUGUUAGUGGUCAGGCUUUUAGACAUGGUCCACAGAUCAGUAAUGUUCUGAAAAUGGAGAUUGUCACAGGAACUGGAGAGGUAGUAAACUGUUCUGAAAAGCAAAACAAUGAACUCUUUUACAGUGUACUUGGAGGCUUAGGACAGUUUGGCAUUAUAACAAAAGCAAGAAUCAAGCUGGAGCCAGCACCUGUCAUGGUUAAGUGGAUUAGAGUGCUAUAUUCAGAUUUCACAGCAUUCACAAGAGACCAAGAGCAACUAAUCUUUGCUGAAAAAGCUUUUGAUUAUAUUGAAGGAUUUGUGAUUAAAAACAGAACUGGUUUGGUAAAUAACUGGAGAUUAUCUUUCAAUCCUCAAGAUCCAGUUCAAGCUAGCAAGUUCAAAUCAGAUGGAAGAACUCUUUUCUGCCUUGAAUUGGCCAAAUACUUCAAUCUAGAAGAAUCUUCGGAAGUAAAUCAGGAAGUUGAGAAACACUUGUCCCACUUGAACUAUAUUCAAUCAACACUUUUUCAAACAGAAGUCACAUAUAUUGACUUUUUAGACAGAGUACAUAUCUCAGAAGCUAAAUUGCGUUCAAAAGGCUUAUGGGAUGUUCCUCAUCCAUGGCUCAAUCUUUUCAUACCCAAAUCCAAAAUCCAUAAUUUUGCAGAUACAGUCUUUGGCAAUAUUGUCAAAGAAACAAGCAACGGUCCUAUCCUUAUCUACCCGGUCAAUAAAUCAAAGUGGGACGAGAGAACAUCAGUUGUUAUUCCGGAUGAAGAUAUUUUCUAUUUAGUGGCAUUUUUAGCAUCUGCAAUUCCUUCAUCAAAUGGAGGAGAAGGGCUUGAACACAUUCUAAGUCAGAACAAAAGAAUUUUGGAAUAUUGUGAAAGGGAAGAUCUUGGAGUAAAGCAAUAUUUGGCCCACUAUAGUACACAAGAAGAAUGGCAGACACAUUAUGGUCCAAAAUGGGAGAUUUUCAAGCAAAGAAAAUCUAUUUAUGAUCCAUUGGCAAUACUUGCUCCUGGCCAAGGAAUAUUUCAAAAAUCAAUAACUUUUUCAUCAUGAUAAUCAAAUUUUAUAUUAUUUUAUUUAUAUGGAAAAGAAUAGGCCUCACAGUAUGUGUGGCACUAAGGCAGGAGAGUCAAGUCAACUGAGGUGGACAAAUGUUUUUUGAAUAUGAAUUUUAAUUUAUUGUAGGGUUUUCAAGAAUAUACCUAUUGUAUAUAUUCAAUUUUGUAAACAGUCCUUUAUUGGAUUUCUUUAUUGUAUUGUAGCCAUUUCAAGAGAAAAAAAGUCUUAUGCACUAAUUUCAACUAUUUAUUUAUUUAUUUACUUUUUUUUAUUAAACUUAAAUAUUAGUAAAAAUCAAUAAAGUAUUGUCGUUACCGGAA